AGCGGGGCCGCCGGGAAGAGCCGCUCCCAGCCCCGCCGCAGGUGUGCGCCGGGCCCCGAGGAGCAGGCCAUACCAGAUUCUCAGGAGAGAAGCUCUCCAGUGCUCCCGGACAAUGGCAGGGAAAAAGGUCCUGAUAGUCUAUGCACAUCAAGAGCCCAAGUCCUUCAACGGAUCUUUGUUGAAGAUUGCUGUGGAAGAAUUGACCAAGCAGGGCUGCAGUGUCACGGUGUCGGAUUUAUAUGCAAUGCAGUUUGAGCCAAGAGCAACAAGAAAUGACAUUGUUGGUCGCUUGCACAACUCAGAAGCGUUCAAUUAUGGUGCGGAGACCUGGGAAGCUUACAAGAGGGGAGGUUUGUCCAAAGAUCUGGUUGAAGAGCAAAAGAAGUUUCCCUUGUUUUGGUUCAGCAUGCCUGCGAUCCUGAAGGGCUGGAUGGACAGAGUCUUGGUCCAAGGCUUUGCUUAUGAUUUGUCAAAGUGUUAUGAUGGUGGUUUGCUCCAGGACAAAUUAUCCCUGUUUUCUUUCACCACUGGAGGAACCAAAGAGAAGUACGCAAGCAGAGGUGAUGUUCGUUAUCUCCUGUGGCCCAUGCAGCAUGGAAUCAUGCACUUCUGUGGUGUCAAAGUCCUUGAACCUCACAUCUGUUAUGCUCCAGAAAAUGUCUCUGAGGAGAAGAGGAAGGAGAUGCUGACUGGCUGGACCCAGCGUCUGAAGACUCUUUGGAAGGAAGAACCCAUAAACUGCUCUCCUGAGUGGUAUUUCAAGUAGUGUUCAGGUACAAGACUACAGAGAGAAGAUUGUUUUUCUCCAUUCUUUUGGAUGCUCUAUCUAAAUACCUGAAUGCUAAUCUCCUAAUUCAAAUGUAUUUUAAGAAUCUGGAAUACAGCAGCUAGCAGCUUAACUGAAAAUAUAGCAUUUAUCUUCAUUGA